AUGGACGCCGAAUCUUACCGUCAAUCUGUUGCACCCGAACCUCUCAAAGAGUUGCGUCGCUGGAACUACGAGGAGGAGAAUAAACUCCUCCACCUCAUCAAAGUGGAAAACAAAACUUACAAAGACACAGCAGUCGCCCUAAACCGCUCCACACAAUCUGUGCAACAUCGCUACUCCAUCAUCCAACAGAGAGACGAAAGUGCUUCCAUAACCUGGACUUCCGAACUCGAUACCGCAAUUAUCGAUGGCCGACGCCGCGGGCUAACCCCUAACCAGAUUGCCCAGGAGAUCAGCAUCCCGGAUAAGGCGAUCCAAUCCCGGUGGCAAGUCCUCCGGGCAACGACAAGAGUCCCCGAAGACGUUCUCGCCCUCAGGCGACGCAAAGAAUUUCAUGAUUUUACUCCGCAAGAAGACGAAACCAUUUUGCGUUUGUAUGUAGAAGGGAAAGACGACAAGGAUAUAGCGGUGCUCGCGGAUAUCAAGGAAAAAAGUCAGACAGAAAUCAUGACAAGAAGACAGAAGUUAGUGGCUGAAAGUUCGCCAAUCUAUAGGAGAUUGGUACGAAUGUGGCAUGGGACGUGGGAGGAGGAUGGGAACAAGGAAGAGAUAGAUGCGCUGGGAUUGGCGGUGGGUGGAGGUAAGUAUAAGUGGAUGAAAGAAGGAGACUGGAGUGGUGGUGCAGCGUUGGAGUGA